AACUGAUACAGGCCAUGACCCCAUUCCCAAAUUCAUAAGGAAAGAUCCAAUCCAAUGAACAAUUCAAUAAUCAAAUAGGAAAAGAUUUCUGAUAAAUUGUCUCUCUGUUCAGUUCGUGCACUAAACAAUUCAAUACCAUGAAGUUAGAACAAACAUCCGAAAAACCAAACCCCAACUAAGAAACUGCCAUAAAAGUAAAACAAAACAUCGAAAAGUCAAACCAAUCCACCUCUUCCUGAAAAUCUUCCAGAUUUUCUCUCACAAAAUACCCCUUUUUUCCCUGUGUCUCAAAGACCCAGAAAAAGCUUCGCCCCUUUAUUCUUGUUCACAAAGAUGUCUUUGCAUUGGGCAUUGAUAUGCCAUGGGUUGAUAACUCUUACAAUAGUUGUUUCCUUCCUUUGUGGGCAGUGGCCUAUCUUCCAAGGAACACCCAUCAGCUCUAUCCAUCGUUUCCUCACUUUCGGAGCUUAUCAAUACUUCCUGAGGUUUAUUGGGGCUGUUUUUGGAGAUAGAGGAACAAAUUUGAUCCUUUCCGUUGAGUAUUAUUGUUGUGAUAGGCCUAAUCCUAUCUUACAGCUUAUAUACUUGGCAAUAAUUGGAACGACUUAUUACAUUAUAGUGAAGACGUCUUUUAGCUAUAUUCCUGGGUACUAUCUGAGUGAAGUUCAUAGGUACGCAAGUUUUUUGGCUGUUGCUGUCGGCAUUCUGCUCUUUCUAGUAACUAGCUUUUCUGAUCCGGGGACUGUGAAGGCUGAUAAUGUUUCACGAUAUCUAUCUGCUUAUCCUUAUGACAAUAUCAUCUAUACCGAGAAAGAAUGUCCCACUUGUAAAAUUCCAAAACCUGCUAGAUCGAAGCACUGCAGCUUAUGCAAUCGAUGCGUUGCUCGCUUUGAUCAUCACUGUGGAUGGAUGAAUAACUGUAUUGGGGAGAGAAAUACCCGAUACUUCUUGGCUUUUCUUUUAUGGCAUUUCCUUCUUUGCAUUUAUGGGACAAUUGCUAUUGGAUUGGUUCUUGCUGGACGAUUGAAAGAAUUGCAAAUUGUGCAUGUUUUAACAGUUUAUUAUCGUGUGGAUAAUUCUCUUCGCAGUUUAGCUCCGUAUGUCGUACAGUGGCUAUUAGACGCACAUAACACCCAGAUACUUCUUAUGGUGUUCAUGGGUGUAGUUUCUCUCUUGUUAGCGGGUUUCUUCGCAUAUCACGCUAAUCUUUGUCUCACGAACACAACAACAAAUGAGACCUUCAAGUGGCAAGACUACAUAAGCUGGCAGAAGAAACUGAUCGAAGCACGAGCGAGUACAGCGGCACUGAAAGCGAACAUCGCCGGGAUGACUACUGAAGGAAAGCCUCGAGAGAGCAAAUGUAAAUCCUUCUUCAGACAGUCCCUUCUACAGGAUACUGAAGCCAUUGUAAAGAAGAAUGUGUAUGAUAAAGGGUUCUUUCACAAUCUCUACGAGGUCGUUUUCCCAGUUUCAACAAGAGCAUCAUUUUUGCAUACUAAAUCGAAAUCCGGCUAAAGCUUUGUCGACUGAUAUUACAUAUUCAUUCACUCAACUUCUGCUGUUAUCCGUGCUUAACCUCCGUCAGUCAAAUCAUGUUCUCAGCCAGAAGUUCAAGAUGGGAUAAUCGCAUCGAAAUCUCGAGGUUGGGAUUUGGAGGAUAGUCCAUUUAUACAGCUUCUUGAUGGCUUAAUGUUAUUGUCCUUGAAAAUGGGAAUCCAGACAUUGUUACUUUUGUAAGAUGAACAACAUUGGAGACUAAAGAAAUUAAAGAGAGUACACUCUCUGUGUUACUUUUUGGCUGGAA